UGUACCCAACUACAGAAAUAAAAAGACUCUUUUUUAUUAAUGAACGUUCAAAUUCACACCCUACCUACUGUCAACUGUCGCGUAGUAUCUGAAGUCUCGUUUAUCCGGACAGUAGUACAACCACGGAGGUCUGGCUACGCGAGAUUUGUGCGGCCUCACAAACGGGCGAGCACUCGUACACAAGGCGGCCACGGCAGGUUCUGUUCAUGCUACAUUCACGAGUCCUCGUAAAAAAGAGAAACUUCAACUAUGAAGAUGGAGCAAGCUACACACCCUAGUGACCCUAAUGAGGUUUCUGAGCCAGUGCAUUUAAAAAAACCAAACAAAAAACCGUUUAGUUCCCUGUAUACACUCACUGUAAUCUCCUAAUGAGAGAUAUAGUUACUUGGGUCUAGGAUGGGUCCCAUCUUUUAAUCUGAGCGAUAUUCAUAACUAUAAAUAAUUAAUACGAGUGCACUCAAACGCACCACCGCCUGGCCUACCCGCCCCUCGCUCGGCCUGAAAGCAAUACACUCUGAUGACGUCACUCGCAGAGUUGUCAUGGCGUCUUUGGGACCGAAGCUGCUGCUGCAAUUUAGCUAAAAAUCUGUCGACAGUCUGUAAAUCGAAAUGGAGAAAAAUGCGACCCUGCAUCGAGACACUGACGGGAGCUCUUUGUGUGCCACGAUCGCGGGAGAGAUGGGCGACGUUACGGCUGUCGGCGGAGUGAAAGGAACAGCCGAGAAAUGCAAGAAUAGUGAGGCUCCUCUCAGUACUUUGGUUAACGUUAGUUGUAAUAACAGCACCACUAAUGUGAGUGCUCCCAGCGCCGUUAAUGUCACUCCCACUGCCGGGAAGUCCGACGUACCGGGAGCGAUCGAAGUCCUCUCCGUGCAGGAUGGUAACAAGAAGGACACCGCGGCGAGCGGGUCGUGGUCGGGGUCCGGGUCCGGGGACCAGAUCAGUAACGGGAUGGGGCAUGACUCGGUGCUGGCUGCAGAAGAUAGCGAGGGUGGUGCCUCAAAGUUAGUAAACAACAAAACCGACGGGCCGGCCUCACCUCCCGCUAAGGAGAGCACAGAUGUGCGGGAUGCGGGUUUGGCUCGUGGAGAAAGUGAAUCCACAAAACUUGCCAAACCGACUCAUCUGUGUCCGGACAAUGCAAUCACAGCAAACGUCAAGUCGGGGCUGUCCGGUGAUCACACCUUAUCGGAGGGAUUGCCGAGUGGGAGUGACCCCGAUCCCAGCCUCGGUGGAGAGUCCCGAAGCAUAGAUUCACUCGAGUCCUUCUCCAACCUCAACUCCUGCCCCAGCUCCGACCUGAACAGCGAGGGGCUGGAGGACAGGGGACUGGCCCUGGCCCUGCAGAACGAGUACGGGGCUGAUGGGACAAAGACUUCGUGCGCUAAGGACCGGGCCGCCGGCCAGUCUAUAUACCACAUUAAGUGGAUCAAAUGGAGGGAGGAGAAUACGCCGAUCAUCACCCAGAACGAGAACGGCCCCUGUCCAUUACUGGCAAUUAUGAAUGUCCUUCUGCUCGCAUGGAAGGUUAAGAUGCCACCUAUGAUGGAAAUUAUAACUGCUGAGCAACUGAUGGAGUAUCUUGGAGACUACAUUCUGGAAACCAAGCCUAAAGAGAUAUCAGAGGCUCAGCGGCUAAACUAUGAGCAGAACAUGAGUGAUGCUAUGGCAGUGCUGCACAAGCUGCAGACAGGCCUGGACGUGAAUGUGAAGUUCACAGGGGUGCGAGUCUUCGAGUACACCCCAGAAUGCAUUGUGUUUGAUCUGCUGGACAUCCCUCUCUACCACGGCUGGCUGGUUGACCCCCAGAUGCAUGACAUUGUCAAGGCAGUGGGUAACUGCAGCUACAACCAGCUGGUAGAGAAGAUAAUAUCCUGCAAACAGUCAGACAACAGCGAGCUGGCAGGGGAAGGCCUCGUGGCAGAGCAGUUCCUGAACAGCACAGCCACUCAACUGACGUACCAUGGCUUAUGUGAGCUCACAUCCACUGUACAGGAGGGAGAGCUCUGUGUAUUUUUCAGGAAUAACCACUUCAGCACCAUGAUCAAAUACAAGGGCCAGCUGUACCUCCUGGUUACAGACCAGGGUUUCCUGACAGAGGAGAAGGUCGUCUGGGAGAGUCUGCACAACGUCGACGGAGACGGCAACUUCUGUGAUUCUGAAUUCCGGUUGCGGCCUCCUUCUGAUCCAGAGACUGUGUACAGAGGCCAGCAGGAUCAGAUAGACCAGGACUAUCUGAUGGCACUGUCACUGCAGCAGGAGCAGCAAAGUCAGGACCUACAGUGGGAGCAACUCCCAGAGGGCAUCAGUGACCUAGAGCUGGCAAAAAAGCUUCAGGAGGAGGAGGACCGACGAGCCUCCCAGUACUACCAGGAGCAAGAGCAGGAGCAGGCGGCUGCAGCAGCUGCAGCAGCAGCGCAGCAAGGCCAGCAUGAGCCCGCAGACGGAGACGAGGCAGACAGAGGAGGUGCAGGAGCAGGCGGAGCAGCAGCCGGUGGUGCUGGGACGGCGGCGGCAGCCGGAACCACACCAAGCCCGGGAAAACAGUCCUCUAGCGGGGAGCGCAAAGCCAAGAAAGAAUCGAAGGAUAAAGACAAAUGUGUUAUUUUGUAACAUACAGCGUGUCUGUGUGUGUGUGUGUGUGUGUGUGUGUGUGUGUGUGUGUGUGUGUGUGUGUGUGUGUGUGUGUGUGUGUGUGUGUGUGUGAGAGAGAGAGUGUUUUGUGCAUUUGCUUAUCUGUGAGAAAGGGGACAGCAUUUGUUUCUCCAUGGACUGGACGGACAUCGCGCAGCCCCCACUUGAUGACAAACAAGGGAAGGAGACGUUUAAGGCAAGGCGCGACGAGACUAACGGAGGAUUUGCUGUUCCCAAACCACUGGUGCCUGCUAUCCUCUUUCCUCAGUGGAACCUGGACAUCAGAGGAAGGGACACUACAACGACAACUACCCCGUAUCUUUCAUAGAGUCGGCCAAACUUUGUUACAAGUUGCACAGUGCACUAUAUUUGUGAUGUGGGGUCUAGUUUAUUCGGGGUGGUAUGUUUUAUAGCAAAAGACAUAAUCUGAAGAAACAAACCGUCACCCUCUCGCCAUGUUCUUUUCCAAAAAAGAAACCAUUCAUUUCAUUCAUAUUUUUCAUUAUUGCAGAUUAUAAGCUUUUUUUUGUACGUAUCAUUAUUUACAAAACGUAUAUAGACAGACCCAUUUUUUUUGGUUUUCAUUGAGUUUGUUAAGUUAGAUGCCAAGAUUUACAUUUUAUUUAUGUAUCUGUGUACAAGGUAGCUUUUGGGAGAGGUUUUAUUUUUGUCUGUAUGCUGAGAGGGAUUUUCUCAUAAUAUUGCCUGUUGGAAAUCAGUGUAACACUAUUUGUGUCCCCUCUGAAACACUAUGUACUGAAGGGUUAAAUAAUGCCAGAUAGCUGCCAGAUACUGUAGCUACCUAACAAUACUCAUCACAGCUUGCCCUGUUCAGAUUUUGCCUUACCAGAGUAUGGCAGUGUUGUAUUCUGCUCUGUCUGAAUGUGAAUGUGUGUCUGUUUUCAUGUGUAUGGUAUGUACAGUACACGUGUGCUACGUGGUAUAAUGGCGUAUGGUAUACAUGUCUCAUUAACUGAGCAUCGCUUUAUGUAACAAGUUUCAAUUUGGAAAUAGCCAAAACUUUUACACUGUAUUAGUUAAGCUACAAAUUUGGGACAUUUAAUGUCUUUUAUGUUGUGAUUCUGUUUCACAAAAACUACGUUUGGACAGUCAAACUGAGAAUAACGUUGCGGAUUUUAACUGAGGAAUUUGUCUGAAUCUGAUGUUUGUGUGUAAGACACAACUAGCUUUUGUCAGACUAGAUUCGUGUUAGAUGGCACCCGGUUUUGAGUGUAUGGCCCUUUUUCUUUCUCAUUGUCUCUUCUGGCAACGUCUUAAAGAGAUGCAGUGUGCGUGCAACCUCCUCCGUUAGUUUCUGGAUGUAGAAGUUCCACUGCAGCCAGGUUUUGAAAAGAAAUACCACAGAAUUCCGUAAGUUGCAUGUGAUAUUUCUUUAAACUAGGAAAGUUCAAUUAUUAUUUGUGAACAUGUACUACUUCUUUUCCACAAACAUGAAUCCAAACCCCGAAAUCUGUGAUGUUUCCACUCCCAGUUACAAUGUUGGGAACCGGACUUGUGUCAUGCCGUAGAAAGUUACAUUAGCCCUUCUGUAGGAUCAGAGAGACGUUAAUUCAUCUGUUACCUGUGGAAAAUAAAGCCUAAAGUUCACAAAUUGAGCGGUCCUGGGUGGCGUAGGACAUGCACUCUGAAUACUGCAAUUCUUUGGUAUCACUUUUUAACUCGUGUGCAUUUCACUUCAGCAUUGAGCGUGCAAACACAUGAUGUACAUAUUUAUCUAAUGCAUUCUUAUAAUGGAAUUUAGCUAGUGGUCUGUGCCAUUAUUGUACCAUGGGACUGCCUCCUGAGAAACUUUUUCUAUCUAUACAUUCCAAUUGGAUGCCUUGACUCAAGCCUUCUGUUACAGACUGAGGGAGACAGUUGUCAUGGGAAGUCUUUUGCAGUGCUUGUAAAGUGGUCAUUAGGACAGGACGAUUACAUCGAGGCAGAGGGCUAUCUACUGUGUGGAAACCCCUCUCUUAUGGGCUUCAUGUGAUGGCCGGAGUCUUAAGCUCCAUGUUUGUUUGGCCCUAACAAGGCUAUGUUUUGUAUAUAUAUGUAUAUAUAUAUAUAACGCCUUACAACAUUUCAACAUAAUUUAUAGGACAAAAGGAAACAGGCGUAUUAUCCUGAAUGAGACAAUCCAUGCAUUUUUUUUCCACAUGAACAUCAGAAAUACUCUCAGGCUUUUUCUGAAGGGACAUAUCCUCGGGUGUCUGCUACGUAUCGGCACAGUUCCUCGGCCUGUAGUCACUUUUUCAGUCACAACUUUAAGUAUCUUGUGUAUGUGUACACACAACUAUGUUGACACUUUGAAGAACUUAACACUAUAUUAUUUAAGACACUCAUUGUUGAACAUCUCACUCAAACAAACAACGACUUAAGCUGCUCUUCUCGUGUUAACUUGGACUACCUGAUGAAAAAUAAAACCUCCUUGCACAGGGUUAAGGAAUAUUGUUAAUUAUGUACACAUUUCAUUGACUCCUUAGCAGUUUUUCCCCCAUGCAGCUUAAAUAAGUAACAUAAACAUAAGGUGAAAGCAAGAAGGGAGAGGCGGGAGGCAUUCUGGCAACAUUUUUGUUUUGUUUUUUUGUCUGUCUUUCUGUGAGUUUCACUCAUUCAUUGGCCCGUCAAGUGAACAUGCUGAUUAAACAUUCCAGUGGAAGUUUAAAAAAAUUUAACUUCACUUAGGGCAGUUUUGAGUUGAUAUGGAACAUUUUAUGUUGGUUGGUGUUUGUAUGAGUGAAAAGAUGGCAGAGUGACACAUGGCACACAUUUUUUUAUCAUUAUUUCAGAUUUACUACUGUGCAUUAGCUUGCUAUCCCUAGUCAUUAUUACCAGAAUUUGAUAUUUUUUGUUGUAAUGUGUUUGUUUCCCCCUAGUUUCUAAAAUGAAUCGAUCAGAAGGAUAUUGUGUGUUCAGUGUCUCAAAGUGGUUUCUUGUAUGCCUUGUAAAAGUGAUGGUGGGGUAAAUGCUGUAAAAUUUGUGUUUUGACAAGGUGGUUGUUGAACAAAUUGUUGUCGUAAUUUGGUUUUGCACUGUUACAUUGAUAUGCACUAACAGAAGAGAAACAUACCUCAUUUUAUACAGAACAUAAAUUGUGCAAGAGUGCUAUUGUUCUCUGGGUACCUUUAAAAAAAAAAAAAAAAAAAAAAACUGAAUAAUGGCCAAAAUAAUUAUCUGAAGGUGGUAGCGGGAGCUUAAGCCAGCUGAAUAAUAUUAAUUUGUAAAAGUAUGAAAGGGCUGUUUAAACGUUUUGGCUUAAAAGGAACGAGUACAUUUGUUAAAAAAUAGUACCACGUCAAUAGAACUUGCUGCAAUUUGAUAUAUUCAGAUUAGCGGUACACCUAUACCAGUACAAAGGCCUGAGUACCAGGACACGGCUCACAGACGAUGAGGAAGGAAUGAAUUACAACAACAGAUGGAUGGCUGUCGAAUUGUCUAACGACUAAGACGCGUUCGUCUACGAAGUACUGAAGAAAACACUGGUACUCGAACCAAUCAGCAAAAAAAUGGUGUAGGUGCACCCCUAAUUCAGGUAGUUAUUUUUCCAGUCCAUUUAACUACACAACUUUUCAAAUAUGCUCAGACUUUUACAACAAAACAGGGAAAAAAGGCUGCUUUAUAAGGCUUGAGUGUUGUCAUCUAUGUAGCAGAGGGAAAUGUUCAUUCUUAUUGUAUGAGACACACAUCCAGACUGCUGAACAAUCUAAAGGGAGACAUAUUCUUGAACGCAAUAUCAAACUCCCAGAUUUUACUUUGUGGUGCAUGUAUAUUGUGGACUGAAAAGUUAUGCAGAGUAAAAAUUUUAGUAACUACCCCAAGGAUAUCAUUUCCACUGUAUGGCCCAUUGUGUUUAUAGUUCACAUAAAACAUACAAGCGAAAGGAAGGCGUUUGUGAAUAAGGAAGGUUACUCAUUUGUGUUGAUUUCAAUGUUCAUCUAUUUACAUAAAUGACCAAAUAAUGUAUGUAGCCUUUCACAUUACAGUCACAUAAUGUAUCUGGUGAUAUAUAUAUAUAUAUAUAUAUAUAACAAAAUGCCUUAUAGACGAGGGACAUUCAACCUGAUUAGAAGUACCAGGAUAAUAAAAGACUAAGAUCAA